AUGCCACAAGUGAUUCGAGCGCUGCGGUGUUUCCAUAGUGGGAUUUUCCUGCGCCAGGGUGCGGUCGGUGCGACGGGUGCUGGUGGGGCUACUGAGCUAGAGAAGUAUCGCGGGUACUUCAAGCAGUUGCAACAAGCAUUGGAAACAGGAGAUGAGGAAGCGGCAGGGAAAUCGCCCCUGCUGCAUACGUUGCAUUCGCGGCUUGCGCUGCCGCAGCAGCUCGGGCUCGGGACGCUGAGCCGGUGCUUGAACUGCCCGUCGGCGAACCUGGCGGACGUAGGGAUGAAGACGGCCAAGACGGCGCAGAAUAAGGAGCAGCACAACCGCUCUCUGAACAUCCUGGGCAAGAACCUGCUGACGCUGCACGCGAUGCGGCGGCUUGUGGAACGGUAUCCGCGGUUGCCAGUGCCCGUGCUAAACGCCGCGGUGGACGCGUACAUUGGAUUGCCCGUGCUGGCGCAGAUCGGCCGCGGCUGGGGUAUCGAGUCGGAGCGCGAGACCGUCAUGGAGCGCUUUCUGCGGCAGGAGCCUUCACACAUGACCCUGGGGCGCCUGCGCUUUUUCAACAACACACUGAAGGAGAUAGACGGAAUCCGCAUACUGUCGUCCUCCAACAUGUCGGAGAGCGCCUCGAUGGCCAUGGCGGUGCGGAGCAUAGUUGGCGCACUGUGGGCGUCCACACAGGACCUGCAGCUCGUCGAGCGCUUUCUAGAUGCCCAUGUGAUGUCCCGGAAGCUGCCUAUCACGCAGCUGUUCAUGUUUGAGCAGCCCACCAGGGAGCUGGCCCGCCUGUGCUCGCGCGAGGGCCUCGAGCGUCCAGUCUCCAAGCUGAUUGCCGAAACGGGGCGUCUUUCGAAGGCGCCUGUCUUCGUGGUUGGCGUGUUCUCAGGCGAGGAGAAGCUCGGCGAGGGCUUCGGUAGUUCGCUAAAGGAGGCGAAGGCCAGGGCGGCCACGGAUGCAUUGAUGAAGUGGUACUGCUACCAGCCCCUGCCCUCGCAAGGCCCCGUCAUAGAUCCCGGCCAGGUCCUCGUAUAA